ACAAUGAACUACGUGGGGCAGCUGGCUGAGACCGUGUUCGUCACAGUGAAGGAGCUGUACCGGGGUCUGAACCCCGCCACCCUGACGGGCUGCAUCGAUGUGGUCGUGGUGAGGCAGCCCGAUAACUCCUUCCAGUGCUCCCCAUUUCACGUGCGCUUUGGGAAGCUGGGUGUGCUGCGCUCCAGGGAGAAGGUGGUUGACAUUGAAAUCAAUGGGGAGCCUGUGGACCUGCACAUGAAGCUGGGUGACAAUGGAGAAGCCUUCUUCGUCCAGGAGUCAGAGGAGAAUGAGGGCAGCAUUCCCUCCCGCCUCUGCACCUCUCCCAUCCCCAGGGAGGACAGCACAGAGGACGCCGCUCAGCCUCCUCAUGGGCAGGAGGCCUCCAGCACUGAAGCAGCUCUGCGCAAGAGGAGGCGACGCAGGAGGAAGCCCAAGCAGAAGGAGAUGUCGGACUCUGAGUUAGAAGGUUGUGAGGAGACCAAAAGUGAGAUUUCCAUGGAGGAGCCGUGCAAGCUGUCAGCCCCCAGUGAUUCAGUGUAUUUCUCCUUUGCUCAUCUCCCUGAAGAAGAAACCAGGUUGUUGCCGUCCCCAGAGAUGCACCCUUACUCAGAUGGGGAGCUGGCCUCCAUGGACAGCCCCAUCCUGAGCCAUCCAUCUUCUCCCAAAAGUGACUCUGAGCUGGAGAUCAGACCACAGGACAGUUUUGCUCUAGGGGCUGAAUCCCAUGUGCAGUGGACCUGGGGAAGGCUUCCUCAGCCAACACCCACACUGCGCGAUGGGAAUGACCUCCCCAGGCUGAAGGAUAUGCCCAGUGCUGUGGGGGCAGAGAGCUUGUUGGAGGCCUCCUCAGCCCCACAAGAGAAACAGGAGGGAGGCGAGAGUGUUGUGUCAGAGGUUCAGCCAGAUACGGAGCCCUUUGAGGGAGCUGCUGCUCCAAGGCAGGUGGGCUCAGAGGGCCCUGAGCCCCAGCUGGAAAGUCAGAGGAGACAAGGAGCCAUCAAACGAAGUCCUCACUUGGGUCCCAGUGAUGUUUACCUGGAAGACCUCUCCCAUCUGGAUGAGGAGCAGGUGGCUCUCUAUUUCCCCAGGAGUGACGCAGAGCAGAGUCCAAAGACUGUGGGAGACCCCAGAAACUCUCUGUGUGUCCAGCUAUCAUCCGACUUGCCUGCUGACAGCCCCAUGGACUCUGACCCUGAUCUGAUGCCCGCAAUUGCCCUGUCGCUGUGCGGAGGCUUGGGGGGCAGCAAGCAGAUCUCUCACGAGAAGUUCAUGGAGCACAAGGUCUCCUACCAGCAGUUUGCUGAGAAUCCAGGACUUGUCGAUGACCCAAACCUGGUGAUACUGAUCAACAAGAAGUAUUAUAACUGGGCAGUGGCUGCUCCCAUGGUCCUGUCCCUGCAGGCUUUCCAGAGGAACAUUCCUGAGAGCACUAUUAACCGACUGGUGAAGGAGAAGAUGCCCAAGAAAGGCAGCAGGUGGUGGUUCUCCUGGAGGAGGAGAGAAUUCCCAGCAGAGGAGGUGUUUGCAGUGGUGGCUGUGACAGUGUCCCCAGGGCACAGGAGUCAUUCUGGUGGCUGGCAGGGGUUGGGGCAGCCAUCGAGGCCGGGGAAAGCCAACGUGGGGAUGCUGCAGCACGACUCUGCUCCGCAGAGGCAGGAGGAGGUGGUGUCAUCCAGCGAUGAUGAGCCCCUGCACCCCAGGGACAUGUUAGCAGUGGAUGCUCCUGCACAGAAAUCUCAGCCAACCUACAAGAAAUCCCUGCGACUCUCCUCAGAACAAAUUGGAAAGCUGAAUCUGCAGGAUGGCCCCAAUGAGGUGGCAUUCAGCGUGACAACUCAGUACCAGGGCACGUGCCGCUGUGAGGCCACCAUCUACCUGUGGAACUGGGAUGAUAAAGUGGUGAUCUCGGACAUCGAUGGCACCAUCACAAAGUCAGAUGCUCUUGGGCACAUCUUGCCGCAUCUGGGAAAAGACUGGACUCAUCAUGGGAUUGCUAAACUCUUCCACAAAAUCCACCUGAAUGGCUACAAGUUCCUCUACUGCUCAGCCAGAGCCAUCGGCAUGGCGCACAUCACCAAAGGGUACCUCAAAUGGGUCAACGAGCAAGGCUGUGCCCUCCCCAAAGGCCCCAUCCUGCUUGCCCCCAGCAGCCUCUUCUCUGCCUUCCACAGGUACUGUGUCCUCUCCUCCUCCCCAGGCCUGCACCCCCUGGAGGUGAUUGAGAAGAAACCAGAGGUGUUCAAGAUCGCCUGCUUGAUGGACAUCCAAAACCUGUUUGCUACGAAGCUGCCCUUCUAUGCAGCUUUCGGGAACAAAGCCAAUGACGUCUAUGCUUACAAGCAAGUGGGCCUGCCGGAGAGCCGCAUAUUCACGGUCAACCCCAAGGGAGAGCUGAUCCAGGAGCUCACAAAGAACCACAAGUCAACGUACGAGCGGCUGUCGGAGCUGGUGGAGCUGAUCUUCCCUCCCCUGGGGCAGAGUGGGAGCGUUGCUCUGGUGUGUCCAGAGUACAGCCACUUUGCCUACUGGAGACCUCCACUGCCUGCUCUUGAUUUGGAUGCCUUUUCCUGA